GCCUCCUCCCCUCGCGUCCCGGUUGAACGCUCAUGGCGAAGCGGCGCAUGCGAUUGGGAGAAAGAAGCAACUUUGUGGGGGUAGUAGCUUACAACACAAAAUAGCUUACUAAGAGCUGUGAACAUGGCUGCAGUUACAACCAACGAUACCGAACAAGACUCCACACCGGCAAACGAGCUCAAUGGAACAUUGGACAAGGGAGAGAACGGGAAUAAUAAGCAGGGCCCUAUAGACUCGAAACAGGAACCGGGUGACAACGAGGACGGAACAGAAAUGGACGUGAGCAACGGAGACAGCGAAGAGGAGAAGCCUUCAGUCGCACCAGAAGUCGCCAAAGAAUCGGGUUUACCCACGGAAAACGGCAACAAAGAAGACGAACCGGCCUGUGAACUGUCUGAACCGGUUAAAAGUCCCGUGGAGGGAAUCCCUGCGAGCAGCACCGAAACCGAGGAGAGCACCGUGGAGCUGAAUCAAGAACAAAGAGAGGAGAGUGUGUCCUCGCCUCCUAGCUCCGACAAGACCAAAAGCGAGGAAUCCACGGAGAAAACCGACCACGGAAUCAAAAGACGGGCCAGUGUCGAGAUAUCCUCAUCGGAUGGAGAACCUCUCAGUCGAAUGGAUUCGGAAGACAGUAUCAGCAGUACUCUGAUGGACAUGGAGAGCACAGCGUCCAGCGGGCGCUCCACACCUGCCAUGAUGAACGGGCACGGCCCUGGCACUGCCACCCCGUCGGUGGGUAAGGGUGUGGCAUACACCUGCUGCUGGGACCAGUGCCAGCUCCUCUUUACCACCAGCCCAGACCUGGCUGAGCACAUCAGGGGCGUGCACGUGGACGGACAACGAGGAGGGGUGUUUGUGUGCCUGUGGAAGGGCUGCAAGGUCUACAACACCCCGUCGACCAGUCAGAGCUGGCUCCAGAGACACAUGGUCUCACACAGCGGAGACAAACCAUUCAAGUGUGUGGUGGGGGGCUGCAAUGCCACAUUUGCCUCCCAGGGGGGGCUAGCGCGCCACGUACCCACCCACUUCAGCUCCCAGAACUCCAACAAGCUGGCCAAUCAGGCCAAGAUGAAGGAGGAUUCACCUUCGAAGGCGGGGCUUAACAAGAGGCGGAAACUCAAGAACAAACGCAGGCGGUCGUUACUGUGUUCUGUCCCUCCAGCACGACCUCACGACUUCUUUGAUGCCCAGACCAUGGAUGCUAUCAGACACCGGGCCAUCUGCCUCAACCUGGCCACACAUAUAGAGAGCCUGGGCAACGGACACAGUGUGGUGUUUCACAGCAUGGUAAUAGCGAGGAGGAAGGAAGAUUCUGGGAAGGUUAAAGUCCUCCUCCACUGGACUCCCGAGGACAUACUACCUGAUGUGUGGGUGAAUGAGAGUGACCGGCCGCAGCAGAAGACCAAGGUGGUCCACCUCUCACAGCUGCCCCAGGAGACACACGUCCUGCUGGACCCCAACAUAUACAGGAUGUUCUUCUAGAGACUAAGAAGGACCAAUCAAAAGGGACUCAGAAGGAGCCUGACGAUGUCACCUCGCACAGGAAGUCCCUAUGUCAUAUCCUGUCUGGACAGGAGUGGAGAAGACCAGAGAUUUCGAUACCUCUUUUAUUCUCCCCUUUUUUCUUUCACUUUCUGCUCUUUUCACUUUCUGUUCAAUGUCAAAUUCCUCCAAAUGAUGAAGUGAAUUUAGUAUUUCUUUUCAAUGGUUUCUGAAAAUACACUAUAUAUACACAGUAGUAUGCAGACAUCUCUUCAAAUUAGUGAAUUUGGCUAUUUCAGCCAGACCUGUUGCUGACAGGUGUAUUAAAUUGAGCACACAGCCAUGCGAUCUCCGUAGACAAACAUUGGCAGGAGAAUGAAGUGGGUUUCCAUGGCCGAGCAGCCACACACAAGCCUAAGAUCACCAUGCACAAUGCCAAGCGUCAGCUGGAGUGGUGUAAAGCUUGCCGCCAUUGUACUCUGGAGCAGUGGAAACGCAUUCUCUGGAGUGAUGAAUCACGCUUUACCAUCUGGCAGUCCGACGGACGAAUAUGGGUUUGGCGAAUGCCAGGAGAACUCUACCUGCC